UUAAUAUGGCUAAAAUUGAUAAUAUGCUGAAUAUUUAUAUAGCAGUAAUUGGUUUUAUAUCUGUUUAUUAUGCAUAUAUACUUUAUUUUUGUAAUAAUAAUCGUGUAACACAAUUAAUUUUUCUGGUUUUAAUCAAUGGUGAUCAAAAAUUUUUUAUAAAUAUUUUAGCAGUAAUUUAUGAAAUACAAGUUAUGAAUUUUUUUAUGAAAAAUGGUUAUUUUUCAACUUGUUCGGGCAUUAUCAGCGUCAUAACACAAUCUGUUCAGUUAAUCUUUGUUCUUAUUGGCAGCAUAAUAUUAUUGGAUAUUUUAUUCUUAUUUGGUUCUUGUUUUCUUUCAAUUACAAUGAUUUCAUUCAUAAAAUUUGAACAAAUUAAAAAGAAAUGUUUAAAACAAAAUCUAAAAAAAUCAAAAAUAAUUACUAAAAAAUUUAUAAAUGAAAUACGUAAUCGAACAAUACAGAUGCUUUUAUUGACCAAAAGUAUUGAUGGUACAUAUGGUGUUUUAAUGUUUUUGUUCAUAUUGACCAAUGGUCCAAUUAAUGCAUAUUUAACAAUGAUUAUUUCAAUCAGAACAAUUUCAUUUGCUGAACGAUUAUUACAACAAGCAACUAUAAUUAAUCAAUGGUCAUAUAUAUUUGUAUUUCAUUAUAUUGCUAUUCGUUUUGGUCAUUAUUUACAUUUACCAUCUAAAUAUUUAAUUAAUCAUUAUUAUAAAUAUUCAUAUUUGAAUUGUAAAAUAAAUUUUCGUAAUCGUUUACAAUUUUCUGAUUGGCUGGAAAAAUUUCAUACAAAACAACGUUAUGGUUUAACAUAUGGUCGAACGAAUCUGAUUACAAUGACUACAUUUGUUCGAUUCAUUUUAUUCUAUGUAAAAUUUACCAUGAUUGCUUACAAAUUAAUUCGUUAUUGAUUGAAAAAAAACAACUUAAUUAAAUUAUCACCAUUGAAAAUAAACUUUUUUGCACUGGAAAAAACUGAUCAAUACUUUUGCUUUCAAGUUCAUUUUUUUCUGUUGUGGAAAAAAUUCUGUAAAAAACAAUGAAAUAAAACCAGAAAAAUCCAUUUUCCCGGUUCAUUUCUUUUUUCAAUCACAAAAAAAAACAAAAUUUAGUGCUAAAUUCUUAACGCGUUCGCUACCAGCGACGCAUAUAUGCGUCGUUUAUUUGCUGUAGU